AUGGCCAGGGAGAUCGUUGGGCAGUACCCAGCGUGGGUUCGGAGCCCGGAGGAGACCGCGGCACACUAUGGUGUGGAUGUUGAUGGGGGCCUCACGACCAAACAAGUGGAGCAGCAGAGGGCCAAAUUCGGUUCGAAUGAGCUGGAAAAGCCGGCCGGCAAGCCUCUGUGGAAGCUUGUGCUUGAACAAUUUGACGACAUGCUCGUCAAGGUGCUCCUACUGGCGGCGGUAGUCUCAUUCUUGCUGGCCCUCUUCGAAGAGGGCAGCGGUGAGGAGGGGAUCAGGGCCUUCAUAGAGCCUGCAGUGAUACUCCUGAUCCUGAUCCUGAAUGCCAUCGUCGGCGUUUGGCAGGAGUCGAAUGCAGAGGCCGCAUUGGAUGCCCUGAAGGAUUCCCUGUCUGAGACCGCCACAGUUCUGCGUGAUGGCCAACUGGUGUCGGAGCUGCCAUCCAGAGAGCUGGUGCCCGGGGAUGUGGUGGAGCUGCAUGUGGGGGAUCGCGUGCCGGCAGACAUCCGCGUGAUCGCGCUGAAGACGGCCACGCUGCGCGCCGAGCAGGCCUCGCUGACCGGGGAGUCUGUUGCCGUGCUCAAGGCGGUGGGCGCCGUCUCAGAGGAGGGCUGCGAGCUCCAGGCCAAGGAGUGCAUGCUGUUUGCGGGGACGGCGGUGGCGAACGGGACAUGCCGGGGGAUCGUGAAUGCGAUUGGGAUGUCGACGGAGGUGGGGGCGAUCCAGCAGCAGAUCACGGAUGCGGCUGCGGAGGAGGAGGACACGCCCCUCAAGAAGAAGCUGGACAUAUUUGGGGAGCGCCUGGCGCAGGUCAUCUUUGCCAUCUGCGUGCUGGUGUGGGUGAUCAAUUACCACCACUUCCUGUCCUGGGACACCCUCAAGGGCUCCUCCUGGAUCCCCGACCCCAGCACCGUCAAGUUCUCCCUCAACAACUGCAUCUACUACUUCAAGAUCGCCGUCGCGCUCGCCGUGGCCGCCAUCCCUGAGGGCCUCCCGGCAGUCAUCACCACCUGCCUCGCUCUGGGCACGCGAAAAAUGGCCAAGCGCAACGCCAUCGUGAGGAAGCUGCCAUCGGUGGAGACGCUUGGGUGCACAACUGUGAUCUGUUCAGACAAGACGGGCACUCUGACCACCAACCAGAUGUCCGUAGUGCAGCUCAUUGCAACAGGAUCUUCCGAGUCGGAAAUGCGGCAUAUAACGGUGGAGGGAACCUCCUUCAAUCCCGGCGCAGGAGGAGUGGUAGGAGUGAAGUCCCUAGAUCGCAAUCUAGAGGCGAUAGCAGAGGUGUGUGCGGUGUGCAACGAGGCGCGGCUGGAGUGCAAGGAGGGAGUAUUCAAGGCGGCGGGCGCGCCCACAGAGGCGGCGCUGGUGGUUCUGGCGGAGAAGCUCGGCAUUCCACACGCGCAGCAGUCCGCGGCCAUCGCCGCCGCUCGGCGCUCCGACCCGGAUGCCAACGCCGACGGUGUGCAACGCUGUGGCUGGUGCUGCAGGUGGAGGAAGCUGGCGACGCUGGAAUUUGACAGGAAUAGGAAAUCCAUGAGCGUGAUCUGCGCUCCCCCUAGCGCGACGCCUGCCAGCUCCGGCGUGCAGACGCGGCGCACCCUGCGCGCCUCCGGCGGCAACGUGCUCCUGGUCAAGGGCGCCGCAGAGAGCCUCCUGGAGAGGAGCACGCAGGUGCUGUUGGAGGAUGGGAGCGUGGUGGCGCUGACAGAGGCGGCCAAGAGGGAGAUAAUGGCGGCCGUGGAUGCGAUGGCCGCGCGCGCCCUGCGUUGCCUCGCCUUUGCGCAGAAGACCGACCUGGGCGACUUCUCCUCCUACGACGGCGAAACCAGCCACCCGGCGCACAGCCAGCUGCUGGAUCCGGCGAACUACGCUGGGCUGGAGUCGGGCCUGACCUGGCUGGGAGUGGCCGGCCUCAUAGACCCGCCCAGGCCCGAGGUCAAGGGCGCCAUAGAGGACUGCAUGCGCGCGGGCAUCAGGGUGGUGGUGAUCACGGGCGACAACAAGCUGACGGCGGAGGCGAUCUGCCGCAAGAUCGGCGUGUUUGGGGUGGAGGGCAACCUGGACGACAAGUCCCUCACCGGCAGGCAGUUUGUGGAGCUGCCCCUCGACCAGCGACGCGCCAUCCUCGACGGCGAGGGCGGGCGGUGUUUCAGCCGGGCGGAGCCGCGGCACAAGCAGGACAUAGUGCGGCUGCUGAGGGAGAUGGGCCAGGUGGUGGCCAUGACUGGGGACGGCGUCAACGACGCCCCCGCGCUCAAGCUGGCCGAUAUCGGCGUCGCCAUGGGCAUCGCGGGCACCGAGGUCGCCAAGGAGGCCUCCGACAUGGUCCUCGCCGACGACAACUUCUCCACCAUCGUGGCUGCGGUGGAGGAGGGGCGCGCGAUAUACAACAACAUGAAGGCCUUCAUCCGCUACAUGAUAUCCUCCAACAUCGGCGAGGUGGCCUCCAUCUUCCUGACGGCCGCGCUGGGCCUGCCCGAGAACCUCAUCCCCGUGCAGCUGCUGUGGGUCAACCUGGUGACCGACGGCCCGCCCGCCACCGCGCUCGGCUUCAACCCGCCGGACGUGGACAUCAUGCAGAAGCCGCCGCGCAAGGCCACCGAGGAGCUCGUCACCCCCUGGCUCUUCUUCAGGUGGAUGCUGGUGGGCGCCUAUGUUGGCUUUGCCACGGUGGGCGUCUUCUGCGCCUGGUACAUGUACGACAGCUUCCUGGGCAUCGACCUGAGCGGCGACGGCCACUCCACCGUCACCUGGCACCAGCUGCGCAACUGGGAGUCCUGCCACACCUGGCCAGACUUCAAGGCGACGCCGUACCUGGCGGGCGGGCGCGUGGUGAACUUUGCAGAGCCGUGCGACUACUUCCGCGAGGGCAAGGCCAAGGCGAGCACGCUGUCGCUCUCCGUCCUGGUCGCCAUCGAAAUGUUCAACGCCCUCAAUGCCCUCUCAGAGGCACGCCACUCCCUCCACUGCUCACACUUACACCUGGAACAGUUGUUUCACCAAUCAUUGGGCCGUUGCUGUGAUUGCGACAACUCGCUGCUGCAGAUGCCGCCGUGGUGCAACCCCUGGCUGCUGGUGGCCAUGGCGCUCUCCUUUGCCCUGCACUUCCUCAUCCUCUACGUGCCAGUGCUCGCCUCGGUCUUCUCCAUCGUGCCCCUCUCUCUCAACGAGUGGGCCCUCGUGCUCCUGUUCGCUUCCCCUGUUGUGGUCAUCGACGAGGUCCUCAAAUUUGUGGGCCGCAACUUUGUCAACCCUCGCACCGAGCUGGUGGCGAUCGAGGCGGCCAGGAAAAAGGAUGAGUGAGGGCUCGGGCGCUGGAGCAUACCAGUGUGCAUGCCUAGUGAGGGGCCUCUGCGGAGUUCACCAUCUGGGGCUGCUGAAAGAUUCCUACUCGAGAGUAGAAAUCUUUUUUCAUGGAAUUCACUUGGGGGCAUGAGCGUGACCAUUGUUUGGGGUCGAGGAACUCUGGCAUUGGCAGCGUUGCAUGUCACAGAGGACUUGUGGCUGUGGUGGGGUGGGGACAAAGGCUCCUGUACUGGAGUCAACUGGGACAUUCCUUAAAGAGAAAUGCCAGCUAGUCUCAAUGUCUGAUUGUGUAUUCUUACGGCUUCUGACCGGUCACCAGACUGACUGGAACAAUACCUUCUAUUAAUGGGUGUGCAUCACAGUAACCAGAAAUAGAAUAAUGCCGUAGCGGCACUGACUGAUCAGAGCGGAAUUCCUUCACUGAUCAGGACUUCUGAAGCCGAUAGAAUAUAAAUCAAUAUUGUACUGUGCACUGCAUAUAGAAGCUGUAAAGGAUCCUCUGG